AUGGGGCACACAGAGGCGCAAUAUGCGAUGUGCCCAACGAGCGAGAGAGUUAUGAAAGAGGUUACCGGAAAACCAGGCAACAUUCAUUCAGGUUUUCCCUAUCACUGGUUGGAUUCCAAACACCCCAACAGGGCAAGACGACGCAUUGGGAACCUUUAUUGGAAUGGGUGGCGUGCAUUUGUUAUGGGAUUUGUUCUCUCGGGUGCGGGCAUGACGUUUCUGGCACUGGGCUUGGGUUGCCUGGCGUUUGUGGAAGACGCUCCGCGUGGUUGUGCCCUGCUUUUUGUAGGAGCUAUGCUGUCGCUCCCGGGCCUGUACAGUCUGACUGUAUUGUGGUGCUAUGUGUGCGGGUCCAGGGAUUACUCCUACUCCCAGUUGCUUGUUGGGUAG